GAAAAUCAACUGUAUUAUGAUCCAGCAACCGGAAUUUAUUACUACUGUGAUGUGGAAAGCGGCCGAUACCAAUUUCAUUCACGAGUGGAUCUACAGUCUUACCAGGCCUCUGGUAGUCAGCACACCAAGGAUAAAAAGGGGAAAAAGAAGAGAAAAGAACCAGAGCGGAUUGCUACAAAUGAGUAUAAGGUUUUGGACACAGAAGAACAAAAAUCAUCUAACAGUCUGAAUUGCUUUUCCACUACUGAGCAAGUAAGUUCUACUGAAGAAGAAGAGUCUCCAAAUGUCAGAAAGAAGACUAAAAUGGACCGAAAACCACGGAACAGUUUAACAGCCAAAGAAUCAAUUUCUACAGACAGUAUGAAUUCACAUUCACACAGAAGUACACCAGAUACUGCAGCAUACACAGAUGACAGUAGAACAGCAGACACAGAGAGUGAGCCAGAAGAAGGUGAAAUCACAGAUUCGGAGUGCGAAGCCUACAGCAGUGAGGAUGAAGUAACAAGUGAAGAAAUUGCUGAUUCAGAAGACUCAGAAGAUGAAGAUGAAGAAAAGAUCUGGCCUCCUUGUAUCAGAGUAAUUGUAAUAAGAUCACCAGUUCUACAGAUGGGAUCACUUUAUAUUAUCACAGCCGUGAAACCUGCUACAAUUGGAAGAGAAAAAGAUGUUGGACACACACUUCAAAUUCCUGAAGUUGGAGUCAGUAAGUUCCAUGCAGAAGUAUAUUUUGACCACGAUUUGCAAAAUUACGUUCUUGUGGAUCAAGGCAGUCAGAAUGGAACAGUUGUUAAUGGAAAUCAGAUUCUCCAGCCUAAAAUAAAAUGUGAUCCCUACAUCCUGGAGCAUGGAGAUGAAGUGAAGAUUGGUGAAACUGUGCUUUCAUUUCAUAUACACCCUGGCAGCGAUACGUGUGAUGGAUGUGAACCAGGACAAGUCAGAGCACAUCUUCGCCUGGACAGAAAAAAGGAACCUUCUG